AUGCCCGCCCAGUACACGCUCUACUCUCACCGAGGUCCAGGACCCAACCCGCUCAAGGUCGCCGUGCUCCUGGAGCACCUUGGCCUUUCAUACGAUGUCAUCCCUCUCGACUUUGGCGACGAUCCCGAGAAGGGCGUCAAGGGUGCCAAGUUCCUCAAGAUCAACCCUAAUGGUCGAGUUCCAUGCCUCGUCUCGAACGAGAACGACGGUUUCAGCGUCUGGGAAAGUGGCGCGAUCCUUCUGUACCUCUGCGACAAGCACGACAAGGAGGGAAAAUUCCACGGCAAGACUCCUGAGGAGCGUGCCAUCGUGUCCCAGUUUCUUACACACCAGCUCAGUGGUCUGGGCCCAGUUCAGGGCAACGUGAACUUCCUGGUGCAUUACUGGCAAGGAGCCUACGGUGAGGCUCCGCAGAAGUCUGCAUUCACACGCUUCGAAGGCGAGACCUACCGUCUCUACCAAGUCCUCGAGGACCAGCUCAAGAGGCAGGAAGCGCGUGGAUCGAGCUUCAUCGCGCUCGACCGCCCCACGAUUGCCGAUUUCGCCUUCUGGACCUGGGCUCGCAUUGCUGGCUUCGGCAACAUCGACCUCUCGCCUUACCCGACGGUGCAGAAGUGGUGUGCUACCAUUGAAAACGACGCCAAGUCUCAGGCCGCCAUUCAGAAGCUUCCUACCAAGUAA